CUUCGGUUUUUCCAGAAUUUCAAGUCUUCCCCAUGGUUGAGGUUCUUGGGUGGGAUCAGAUAGACCUUGACGGCUAUGAUGUCACUGCUAGGCCCUUCAUCAAGAAAGCCAUUGAAAAACCGAGCGCACUAGGAAGCCAUGUUCUUGAAAAAGUAGCUGAAGAGGUUGUGUACAGAGCAUGUCUCGGGGGUGUCUACUACAGAACGGCAGCUGGAAUAUGUCAAGUCAUAUGUCAGCGCGAAUAUGAAGCAGAAGAGGAAUCAGCAAUACCAGAAUACAAUUUUAGGUGCGGACUUAUCGGUGCUUGUCGACGUAUGUAUCAAGAUCAUGUGACCAUGAGGAAUACGGGUGUGGCGCAUUGGAUCGCAUUUGUUCGACUCAUGAUACGUAUCAAUGAAAAGGUUACCGUCAAAGGAAGGCAGAUCAAUGCGUUCACAUUUUUAGUCUUUGACUGUCUUUGCACUUUGUGCCAGAAACCUUGUGUGGAAAAUUUAGAAGAGACUGAUCUGUUGUGCAGCAUACUUCAUGAUGUUGGUCAAAAUUUGUAUGAAAACUCGCCAAAGAAAAUGGAGGAAGUAAUAUCACAUUGUCGAGAUAUGAUUAUCGAAAAUGACACUGACCCUGAUGUACGCCACAUGUUGAUGGAGAUAGUCGAGUUAAAAGCCAGUAACUGGAAACUACCAGAGACCGUCUCACAGUUCUAUUAUGAGCGGUGACAGGAGGUCACGAAAAGAACUGUCCAGGGCCCACAAUUACUAAUGUGUUGACUUUUAACUGAUCUCGGAAAGGUUUUGAUAAUGUAGGAGUGCAGUGAAUCACAAAGGGCUGUUCAAUACAGACCUUCUUUGAAAUGGUGAUAGUGAUACCAAAAUGAAAAUAUAUUUGUCUUGUAUACCGACUAUUUAUGACUCUUUUCUGCCUAAGAACAUGAAUUUUGAAUAUUAAUGCUGGCUGAUAUAUGAAAUACAUGUAUAUUAAUUGAUACAGAACUGCCAAUUUGUCAGCUAAAGGAGAGAUAAGCAUACUGCAAACUCUGAAAAAUUCAGCUGCUCUUUUUUGCUUUCACAGAUAUUUGUAAAAAAAUGCAUGGCAGCAAAAAGAAAAUCUUUAUUGAAAUUACUAUUGAUACGAAAAGCCAAAUUAAAAGUACACAAUCGUUGCAAUAACGAGACUGCAAAAUGAAAUGGCGGCAUAUAUUUCUGGGUUUACAGUAGAUCUGUGUUUAAAGGAGUGCAUGCACAAUGUGAGUCUGGUAAUGAUCAUACAUGUUAUCGCAUUUGAGUCUUUGUUACAGUAAUUCAUAUGCCUUAUGAUUUAUUUUACAAUCAAACUGAGCAGCUAGGAAAACUGCAUUUGUCGUACCAUAUGGGUAUAUAUAUAUACCUAUGGGUUAUACUUGCUAGAAGAAUAUUUUUAUCCUGAAUAAAAUGAAGUGCCUAA